AUGGCUAGCAAGAAGUGGUUGAAGCUGUGGACGGAGAGUGAGGGAGAAGCCAACACGACCCUGCUUCACACUUGGAACCUUCUGCACCACCAUGAACCCGAGAGGCGUGCAGUGCCUGUUCCUCUGGAGAUGAAAUGCUUCAAACACGCCACAACUGGAAACGUCGAGCAGGCCUGUUAUCAGCAUGGCGCUGUUGGUAGGCAAUGCCAGAGAUAA